AUGAAAUCAAAUAUUACAGGGAAAGUGGAACUACGGCCCCGUUUGCCUGACGAACAACGGUGGCACUUUCUGGAACAGAUAUAUACCAAUUAUGAAGAAGUUAACGCCCAGCAGCAAGAAAUAGCUGAGCGUAGACGCAAACUCAAAGAGGAACGAUUCCAAGGAAAUAAAGAUAAUAUACACAAUUUACUUUUUACAGAGGCAGCACAAACAGAACCCUCACGAUUUGGUGAUUGGGAUACGUAUGAAAUGGUACAAGGGGUUUUAAAUCGUUUUGUCUAUUCUCGUAGUCAAGAUGGACUUAAAUCUACUACAGCUGAAGAAGCUUUAAAUGAACGUAUUGAUAUUCUAACCAAUAUUUGUACAGAACAAAAAGAUCGUAUUGUUUCCCUGGAAACAUCUCUUGCGGCAGUUCAGGAAGAAUUAGCAGGAUUAAUGAAUAUUCUUCAAAUGAAGGAAAAUGAAUUAAAAGAUGUCAAAACACAGUCUCUGGUGAAGGAUUUAAAGGUUUCUCAACUACAACGAAUAUGUGAUAGUAUGCAAGAAUCUGCUCUAGUUGAUGAAAAAGGUAUAUGUAAGGAUAUGCGUGUUCUUAUGGAUGUUAAUAAAUCUAUGGAAAAAGAAAAUAUGCGACUUCGUGCCGCUUUAGAUGUUCGUUCCUUUGCUUACAAUGAACAAGUA